AUGAGGAGGCGGGGCCGCGAUCGCCGGUCGGCGCGGUCGCGGGUUGAUGAUGCAGAGCGCCGCGUGCUCCCCCCACGUGUGCUGCCGCCGCUCUCUAGAUACCAGCGGAGCUACGGCAGCCGCUUUCACUGGAGACGUAGUUGGUGGCAGUUCCGGCGCGGGUACCUCAGCGGCUCGGGGGUUCUUAGGGCGAAGCAAGGAGCACUGGUGGCCGCCCGGGGCGGAGGACCCGUGAUCAUGGAGCACCUCUUGCUGGAGGUGGCGGCCGCGCCGCUGCGGUUAAUCGCUGCCAAGAACGAGAAGAGCCGCAGCGAGCUGGGCAGGUUCUUGGUCAAGCAGGUGUGGACACCUCAGGAUCGCCAGGGUAUCUUGAACACCUUAGCACAGUUACUUCUGGACAAGGACUGCGCUGUGCUGAUUGGCCGCCAGCUGCGCCCUCUCCUUUUGGAUUUGCUGGAAAGGAAUGCUGAAGCCAUUAAAGCCGGAGGCCAGGUCAACCAUGAUUUACAUGAACGGCUCUGUGUGUCUAUGAGCAAACUCGUUGGUAACCAUCCUGACGUCCUCCCGUUUGCCCUGAGGUAUUUCAAGGACACAUCUCCAGUCUUUCAGAGGCUCUUCCUAGAGACUUCAGAUGCAAACCCAGUCCGGUACGGGCGCAGGCGGAUGAAGCUUCGGGACCUCAUGGAGGCAGCUUACAAGUUUCUGCAGCAGGAGCAGUCUGUGUUCCGGGACCUCUGGGACUGGAGCGUAUGUGUCCCACUCCUCAGGAGCCACGACACCCUGGUCCGCUGGUACACGGCCAAUUGUCUUGCUUUGGUCACCUGUAUGAAUGAGGAGCACAAGUUAUCAUUCCUGAAGAAGAUUUUUAAUAGUGAAGAACUGAUUCACUUCAGGUUAAGGUUACUCGAGGAGGCCCAGCUGCAGGACUUGGAGAAGGCCUUGGUGUUGGCCAACCCAGGCGCGCCCCUUUGGCGGAAGGACAAGGAGCAACAGUACCCCACAGGGCACCUUGUGUCGGCAGAUCUCUGCUCCAGGGUCACCGCUGUCUGCGGGGUGGUAUUGCCUAGGCAGCCGCCUGCCGCCGAAGAGCAGGCGAGUGGUAGGAGCUCUUCUCGCGACCAGGAGCUGACCUUUAGGUCUUACGUGCUGGUCGACUCAGCGUGCAGAAAUCUUCAGACGCUGGCUAUGGCGGUGGCUUCUCAGAACCCUGUGUUAUUAGAAGGGCCGAUUGGCUGUGGCAAAACUUCCUUAGUUGAACACUUAGCUGCAAUGACAGGUAGAAGGAAGCCCCCUCAACUUCUCAAAGUCCAGCUUGGAGAUCAGACCGACAGCAAGAUGCUGCUGGGAGCCUACCGCUGCGCGGAUGCCCCAGGGGAGUUUGUGUGGCAGCCCGGGGCCUUGGCGCAGGCCGUCACCGAGGGACGCUGGGUCCUUCUGGAGAAUAUUGACUAUGCCCCCUUGGACGUGGUUUCUGUGCUGAUCCCUCUCUUGGAGAAUGGAGAGCUCUUGAUUCCUGGCCGAGGUGACUGUGUGAAGGCGGCUCCUGGAUUUCAGUUCUUUGCAACCAGGAGACUCUUGAGCUGUGGAAGAAAUUGGUAUCGACCACUAAAUAGUCAUGCUACUCUGCUAGACAAAUACUGGACGAGAAUUCACCUGGAUAAUAUGGAUAAGGCAGAACUGAAUGAGGUUCUUCAAAAUAGAUAUCCCAGCUUAUCAGCAGCAACCGAUCACCUGCUUGAUAUUUACAUCCAGCUUAUUGGAGAGAAGCAUCACUGUCUGAGUGAAAGUUCUGUUGGAGGGGAACAGGCACUCGAGGAGGUUCCAGAAGCAAGACAAGAAAAUAAGAGACUAAGCCUUGAGGGAAGAGAAUUGUCUCUCAGGGACCUACUUAAUUGGUGUAACAGGAUUGCCCACAGCUUUGACAGUCUGUCUUCAUCAGCAUCCUUAAAUAUUUUUCAAGAGGCCCUGGACUGUUUCACUGCGAUGCUUUCUAAGCAGACAAGCAAACUGAAAAUGGCAGAAGUCAUUGGAAGCAAACUGAACAUUUCCAAGAAAAAGCCUCUUUAA